CUGGAGAACGUUUUUAAAGAGGGCGUUGAUAUAAAUAGAGGCUUGCUUGCCCUAGGAAAUGUAAUAUCAGCUCUCUGUGAAGAUCAGAAUCGUGGCCACAUCCCGUAUAGAAAUUCCAAGCUUACCAGACUACUACAAGAUUCCUUGGGUGGUAACUCUCAUACUGUGAUGCUUGCGUGUGUUUCCCCUGCAGACAGUAACCUAGAAGAAACACUAAGCACUCUAAGAUAUGCGGACCGUACUCGUAAAAUUAAAAACAAGCCCAUUGUUAAUAGAGAUCCCCAUGUAGCUGAGUUAGCAAAACUGAGACAACAGGUCCAGCAACUGCAGGUUCAACUUCUUGCAUCUGGCAGUGUCAAUAAUGGACUUUCACAAGCCACAAAUGAUGAGGUAAAUUCCUUGUUGUCACAAUUAAAGCUUUAUCAAGAUGAAAAUGAAAAGUUGAAUAGAGCUCUUCAAACAGCAUUGGAUGAAAAUACAAAUAUGGCUGAAAAGGCUUUGUUAGCGGAAAUGGCACGUGAUCGUUUGAAAACCAGGCUUGAAGAGCUCCGAUGUCAGACUGGCAAUACUGUGGAAGUUCUGAACAAGACGUUAGAUGUUACAUUAAAUCCACAGCUUGGCGAGCAAAUUGAUUUGAUUAAGGAGAUACAAAAUAAGAUAAUUGACCUACAGGGCGAACAACGCAAAAAUGAGACUAUGAUGAUGGAACACGAAUUGUCACGCCACAGUAUUACUACAAAGUCCAUGAAUGGCAUCAAAACUGAAGAUCUUGGCGAAGGCCAAAAGGAUGCCGAUUCUAGAGACCCAGAUAGUGGCUUGGAGGAUUCUCCAUCGAAGCAGUUUGGAACAGCUUACACGUUGCGCCAGGCGAAACUGAAUGAGGAAUUACAGGAUCUAAAUAAAGCUCUUGCUCUGAAAGAGGAACUGAUGAGCAAGAUGAGUAACAAUGACACGCAGUUUGUUGCCAUGAAGAUCCAGUAUGAAAAAGAAAAGCAAGAUCUUGAAAAAACAUGUAGAUAUUUUAUCCAAAGAAAGAGAUGAGCUUAUGCAGCAACUUAAGGUGGCAUCUAGUGGUUCAACAAGCAAUAAAAUUGCAGAACAGCGUCGAAAGAGAGUGCAAGAAUUAGAGGGUCAGAUUUUGGGUUUAAAAAAGAAGCAAAAGGAGCAAGAUAAACUCCUACGCAUGAAAGAGCAGUCAGAGCAAAAAGUUGCAAAAUUAAACUCUGAA